AUGGGACAAGCAAAGUUUACGUUCGCCCACCUGGCAGUAAGUCUUGCUGCAAACUUUGGACUUCAACGCAUCAUCUCCACUACUGUGGGCCAACCCACUUGGUAUGCUUACAUGGGCCUCACACUAGACCCCACGGACGCGGCGCUUUACGCUUAUAGUACCCGCUUGACCGGCACAGUAUUUGGGCUCUUUUCUGCUGGUGCCAUCUUUGGUGCGUUGUUUGUGGGCUGGCUGUGCGAUGUCUACGGUCGCAAAAGAAGUCUUUUGGCCGCCGCAGCAAUCAAUAUUGUUGGGGGAGCUUUACAGACAGGAUCAGUCCACAUAGGCAUGUUCAUUGCCGCAAGAUUCAUUACAGGAUUUGCUGGAGUGGUCAGCAAAGGUCGAACAGAAGAAGCAUGGAAGGUUAUAUCAAGUCUCCAUCAUGAUCCGAGCGAUCCGUCUCAAAAAUUCGCCCGCGAAGAGUUUUUGCAGAUUACUACCCAGUUCGAGGCUGAUACGGCGGCGUAUGGAGAAUCAAGGUUUCUUGAUCUUUUCCGUAAGCCGCAUAUGAGGAAACGAAUGCUGAUAGGAAGUCUUAUCAUGUGGGCUUCUCAGGCAAAUGGGGCAAUUGUCAUCUACAGUAAUAUUGUCAGCUUGGUUGACGGACUCGGCUUUAGUGCUAGCAAUGCUCUGCUUCUUUCCGCUGGAUGGAUUACUCUAGGUUGUCUCGGGAACUUUGUGAACGCUGCGUUUCUGGAUCGUUUGGGUCGAAUUCGGAGUCUCUUGAUCGGUAUCAGUGGCUGUGUCACUUUCGUCAUCAUCGAGGCGGCAAUUGACAAGAAUUAUGGAACAUCCGAGAAUAAACCAGCACUGGCAGCCGGCGUGGCCAUGCUGUUUGGGUUUAUCCUUUUUUACGGCUGUUUUGUAGACACUACUGUCUACGUGUAUUGCUCCGAGAUCUUCCCAACACACUUCAGGGCCAAAGGCACGGGAUGGUGCCUCGCUAUAUUUUUCUUGUCGACAUUACCCUUUCUUGAGUCAUCUGCGACCGGAUUUGCUACUAUUGGGUGGAAGUAUUAUCUUCUGUUUAUCAUUCUUCCAUCAAUUAAUGUUCUUCUCUUGGCAUUUUUCUGUCCAGAGACCAGAGGUUUAUCUUUGGAGGAGAUCAAUGGGCUAUUCGGAGACACUGUUGCUGUCAAAUUGACAAAUCUCACUGAAGAGGAGAAGAACGCGCUUGAUGCAACGGUGUUGCAAGGAAUAAGCUGUGUCGAUCAAGGCGAACGAGAAUCGGAGGCCCUAGAUGGAAAGGCUUCUAUUUCAAAAGCCUGA